AUGGCGGAAAACAUUACUGCCGAAGCCAUUUUCAUAGGGGCCAACAAGCAAACACAGGUUAGCGACCUACAUAAAGUUAAGAAAAUCGUCGCAUUUGGGGCAGGUAAAACUAUUGCAUUAUGGAACCCCAUUGAACCAAAUAAUCAAGGUGUUUACGCCACUUUGAAAGGCCACGAAGCUGAAGUGACUUGUGUGAGGUUCAUCCCAGACUCAGACUUUAUGGUUUCUGCAUCUGAGGAUCAUCACGUUAAGGUCUGGAAAUUCACCGAUUACUCGCACUUACAAUGUAUCCAAACUAUUAAACAUUAUUCGAAGACGAUUGUGGCAUUGACCGGUUUACCGAACCUUAUUUCGGUCGGUUGUGCUGAUGGUACUAUCACUAUAUGGACACAGAAUACACAAAAUGACGAGUUUAGUCUUGCUCACGAAUUUAUCAUAAAAAAGGGUUUCUUCUACCCACUGUGUUUAUCUUUGUCAAAAGUUAAAGAAAGCAAGUACUUACUUGCCAUUGGAGGUACCAAUGUGAACGUUUUUAUCGCAUCUUUCAUCCUAAGUAAUUCCGGCAUUGAAAAGUGUCAAGUGGUUGCAGAAUUAGAAGGUCAUGAAGACUGGGUUAAGUCCUUGGCCUUCCGUCAUCAGGAAACCCCAGGUGAUUAUUUAUUAUGCUCUGGCUCUCAGGAUCGUUAUAUUAGAUUGUGGAGAAUCAGGAUUAACGAUUUGAUUGAUGACUCUGAAGAGGAUCCAAAGAAGUUGACACUGUUGAGUAAUAAACAGUACAAAUUUCAAAUUGAUGAUGAAUUGAGAGUGGGAAUAAAUUUUGAAGCUUUAAUUAUGGGUCAUGAUGAUUGGAUUUCAUCUCUUCAGUGGCACGAAACUCGCUUACAACUGUUAGCUGCCACCGCUGAUACUUCAUUGAUGGUGUGGGAACCUGAUGAGACUUCCGGUAUUUGGGUGUGUGGCCUGCGAUUAGGUGAAAUAUCUUCAAAAGGUGCCUCAACUGCUACUGGUUCCUCUGGCGGUUUUUGGUCCUGUCUGUGGUUUACUUAUGAUGAAAUAGAUUUCUAUUUGACCAAUGGUAAGACUGGGUCUUGGAGGAUGUGGAGUACAAAGGAUAAUAUUAUUUGCGAUCAAAGAUUGGGCAUAUCCGGUGCCACGAAGGAUGUGACGGACGUUGCUUGGUCUCCUAGUGGUGAGUACUUAUUGGCUACUUCUCUGGAUCAGACAACUAGACUUUUUGCCCCAUGGAUUUAUGAUGCCAGUGGGAAGAAAAGGGAAGUAGCUACCUGGCAUGAAUUUUCUAGACCACAAAUACAUGGUUAUGAUAUGAUUUGCGUUGAGACAGUGACGGAUACCAGGUUUGUAAGUGGUGGUGAUGAAAAGAUUUUGAGAUCAUUUGAUUUACCUAAAGGGGUAGCUGGAAUGUUACAGAAAUUUGUUGGUAUUCAAUUUGAGGAAAAAAGUGAAAUGCCUGAAUCUGCUACUGUUCCUGUGUUGGGUUUGUCUAACAAGGCUGGUGAAGAUGAUACCAAUGAAGGUGACGAUGAGGAGGAAGAUGGUAAUAAAGUAACACCAGAUAUUACCGAUCCCUUGUCCUUACUAGAAUGUCCGCCUAUGGAAGACCAGUUACAAAGACACUUGUUAUGGCCUGAAGUGGAAAAACUUUACGGACAUGGUUUUGAAAUAACGUGUCUUGAUAUUUCUCCAGAUCAGAAAUUAAUUGCCUCCGCUUGUAGAUCAAAUAAUAUUCAAAAUGCGGUCAUCAGAAUAUUCAGCACAGAAAAUUGGUUAGAAAUAAAGCCUGCUUUACCCUUCCACAACCUAACGAUAACAAGAUUAAAAUUCUCUAAGGAUGGAAAACUUUUAUUGAGUGUUUGUAGAGACAGAAGAUGGGCACUUUGGGAAAGAAAUAUAGAAGAUAAUACUUUUGAGUUGAGAUACAAAAAUGAAAAACCACAUACAAGGAUUAUUUGGGAUGCAGAUUGGGCACCAUUAGAGUUUGGUAAUGUUUUUAUUACCGCAUCCAGGGAUAAAACUGUCAAAGUAUGGAGACACCAAAAGGAGCCAACUGAUGAUUAUGUUAUGGAAGCAUCAAUUAAGCACACUAAAGCUGUCACCGCUGUUUCCGUACACGACACAAUGGUAGGAGACAAGAUUUUGAUAUCGGUGGGCCUCGAAAAUGGUGAAAUUUAUUUAUACAGUUAUGUUUUUGGCAAGUUUGAAUUAAUAACACAGCUAAAUGAGGAUAUAACACCAGCAGACAAAAUUACAAGAUUGCGGUGGUCACAUUUAAAGAGAAACGGUAAACUAUUUUUAGGUGUAGGAAGCAGUGAUUUGUCCACCCGUAUAUACUCAUUAGCAUAUGAAUAG